AUGAUGGCGCCCAGGGCCUCUCCACUGCCGCGGCAGCUCUUCUCUCUCCUAUCCCGCCGCCCUCGACACCACCACCACUUCUCGACCGCCGCCGCCGCCGACCCGGCCAGCAAGACGCAAAUCUACCUCUCCCGCUCGCGCGACCCGCUGCUCAACCUCUCCGUCGAGCACCACCUUUUGCAGACCGCGCCCGCCGACGCCACCGUGCUCAUGCUCUACGCCAACGCGCCCUGCGUCGUCUUUGGGCGCAACCAGAACCCGUGGAUCGAGACCAACCUCGCGCGCCUCGCCACCACACCGAUCCGGCUCGUGCGGCGCCGCUCCGGCGGCGGCACCGUCUUCCACGACGAGGGCAACGUCAACUUUAGCGUCAUCUGCCCCUCGGCGGCCUUUGACCGCAACAAGCACGCGGAGAUGGUCGUCCGCGCGCUGCGCCGCCUCGGCCGCCCGACGACGCGCGUCAACGAGCGCCACGACAUUGUGAUUGACACCCCGCCGCCCGACCGCGUCGGCACGUACAAGGUGUCGGGCUCCGCGUACAAGCUCACCCGGCUGCGGUCGCUGCACCACGGCACGUGCCUCCUGCGCAGCCCCAACCUCGGCGCGAUAUCGAGCCUGCUGCGCUCGCCGGCCGAGGGCUUCAUCAAGGCCCGCGGCGUGGACAGCGUGCGCAGCCCCGUGCGCAACCUCGAUCUCGACGUCGCGGCGUUCCAGGACGCUGUCGUGCGCGAAUUCGAGGCCAUGUACGGGCCGUCCGACGUGCGCGCCGUCGUCGACGAUGCGCCCGCCAUGGCCGUGGACCGGAUCCGCCAGGGCUACGAGGAGAUGCGCGCGCGGGACUGGCUCUACGGCCAGACGCCGCGGUUUGCGUUUUGCACGCAUCCGACAGAAGAGGACCCGCGGCCGCGGCCAAAAUUGCCAUUCGAGCAGGAACGCAUCCAUUUCGAAGCAAAGCAGGGCAUCGUUGAGCGCUUCCAUGUUGAAAACAACAAGGGCGCUCGGAAGGACCUGUCCUCGCUCGUCGGCGCCACCAUGUACAACAUUCGCGACUGGUCCGCGCAGCUGGCCGACGCCGGCGUCGCGAGCCAACAGGCCCGUCAUAUCGGAGACUGGCUGAAUGGCAUUCUCGGCACGGCCUUUACAAAACCGUGA